AUGUCCCCAACCGUCGCCUUCCUCACCACCUUCGCCCCCCUCCCCGCCACAACCCCAUCAUCCCACGCGCACAUCAUAAAUGACUUCGCCCGCGGCACCUCGACUCCCCACCUCCAAGACGCCAUUGUCACUCUACUCUACAACGUCUCACCCAGCACACUCUCCACAUUCCUCGAACCCGACAUCAAAGAAUUCCGACUCGUACAGACACGUAGGCAGGGCAGAGACGCAGGCGAAGAACUAAUAGUUAUGAAACGAAGCCGUAAAGUCAUUGUAGGUCUCGCAACUCACUCCCCAGACCUCUUUGACACCCUCGAAUUCGACAACCUCGUUCGCUUGGAGAUCAACGCAGAGGGGGCGUGGAAAGUCAUGUAUGCGUCGUAUCGCGAUUACUUCUGUGACAGCUGGGAUGAUGUUUGGGACGGGAGGACGGUGAAUCGGGGGUGGGAUUGUCUCAGUUUGAGGGCGUGGGUGGAGGAUAAGAGGUUGGAGAGUAGGAAGCAGUUGGAGAUUCUUGCGGAGGAGUUGAUGUGGGCGCCCAUCAACAAUGCCUUCCAACACCACCUCCACCGCAAUGGACCUCUCCACGCCCCCCACCACACCAACCAGCAACCAGCAACCAGCAACUCAAAUACCGAAAACUACACCAUCGCAUUCCCCACCCUCCCACCAAACACCCCCGAAACACACGCCCACACCAUCAACCUCCUGACUCCUCCUGCGCACCCAAGCCUACAAGACACCCUCGUAACAACCCUCUUCCAAGUCUCUCCCUCGACGCUAUCCCGCUUCCUCGGCCCCACAGUGCACACUUUCAAAGAGGUUCUCGGAGAGGGGGGUUAG